AUGAGUGAAUCAUCAAGUGAAGAUUUUAGCGAUUCAGAUUCGGAUGUAAGCGAAGAACAAAAUUCAAAAGCAGUAAAAUCUGAAUUGCUUGAAACAAAGUUAAAGCAAAAGAUAAGAAAAGAAGAUGAUAGCAACGAUAGUGACAGUGAUGAUGAAGAGAAAGUUGAACCACCUAAAAAACGUAAAACUCUUCAAGAUUAUUUAAAUGAAAAGGCAGCACGACAAGCUUUGGAAGAGGCUGAAAUGAGGAGAGAAGAAGAAGAGGAUGAAGACGCUAAUCGACCAAGGUUUCCUGUUAUUAAUCCAAUAAAUUACAUCAAGAAUAAGGAAAUUCGACAUAAAGUUUUUAAAAGAGAUCAAGCAGGAAAGAAGAAGAACGACAAAAAAGAAAGAAAGAUAAGAAAGCAACAACCAGGUCCUAAAUCCAGAGGACACACAAUAGAAAGUUUACGUGAAAAAGAUCAAACUACAGUCACCAACAUGGAAGAUUCAGACAAUGAAGAAACUAGAAAAGAACUCGAACUUGAUGAGUUUAGCGAAUAUUACAGCAAAUCUUAUGAACCUAAAGUUCUCAUCACAUAUUCUGAUAAUCCCCACUCAAAAACUCGUGGAUUUGGUAAAGAACUUACACAGAUUAUUCCAAAUUCUGUUGCACUUACAAGACAUCGAUCGUCAGUAAAGAAAAUUUGUGCCAGUGCAGAACGUGAAGGCUACACUGACGUCAUAAUUAUCAAUGAGAACCGAAAGCAAGUGAAUGGAAUGCUUCUUAUUCAUUUACCCGGUGGCCCAACUGCACAUUUUAAAGUUAGUAAUGUGAAGCUCACAACUGAUAUCAAAAGGAAACUCAGCGAUUUCACAUCACAUCGUCCUGAAGUGGUUCUCACGAACUUCACAACACGUCUCGGUAUUCAAAUUGGUAGAAUGCUUGGAGCUAUUUUUCAUUAUGAUCCACAAUUUCGAGGUCGUCGUGCUGUGACGUUCCAUAAUCAACGGGAUUAUAUUUUCUUUCGUCAUCAUCGUUAUGAGUUUGAUAAGAAUGGAAAGCGGGUAAAGUUGAAGGAACUUGGACCGAGAUUCACUUUGAAGCUUCGAUCACUUCAAGAAGGACUUUUCGAUAGUAAAACUGGUGAUUAUGAAUGGAUGAUUACAAACAAGCGACAUCAAAUGGAAGGAAAUCGUCGACGAUUCUUUUUAUAA